GUAGGUUUAUUUUGGCUUUUCCCGUUUCCCCAUCGCCGCCAUUAGUCUUAGGCAGCUCGGCGGUCAGAGAUGGGGAUUAAAAUUAUUUAAACCACAGAAACACGGCCUUGAAUACAGUCUAUUUGGGCUACAAUGUACGGCUGUCGCCCAACUGGGAAGUGCGGAGGAAACGUAAAUAUGGUGCUGUUAGAGAAAUGAGGGUGUAGGGGGGGAACUCGGUGUGGGACUGGACAGGGUUGGUGCGGAUUGGGUUGCAUUCGGAAAAGGCUGUAAGGCCAGAGGAACAUAUCGGUGCUGCAAAGGACUUGUGGUUGCAAAGAGAAGAGUACAUAAACAGGAAAAGUGUGUGACCGUGUGUGUGCGUGUGUGUGUGUGUGUGUGUGAUCUCCUGCCGCGGGGGAAGGAGAAAGUGGUGCGAGGCGGCGCCGGAGCGAGGAUGAGCGAGUCGGCCGUCAAGUGGGCGUGUGAGUACUGCACCUACGAGAACUGGCCGUCCGCCAUCAAGUGCACCAUGUGCCGCGCCCAGAGGCCCGGCGGCCCCAUCAUCACCGAGGAGCCCUACAAGAUCAGCCUGCCACUGGACACGCCCGGGCACUCGCCCGCCUGGGACCCGCCCGCGCUCGUGCUGGGAGGGGGGGGCUCCAGCCUGCUGAUCUGCCCGGACUCCAGCGCUCGGCCGCGGGUGCGUCUGGCCGACGAGGCCCCCGAGAGCGUCGCCAAGUGGUCUUGCCACAUGUGCACCUACCUAAACUGGCCGCGCGCCAUCCGCUGCACGCAGUGUCUCAGUCAGAGGCACCAGCAGCACCAGCAGCACCAGCAGCAGCAGCAGCAGCAGGCGGGCUCCCAGUCUCCUCCGCCCCCCCCGCCACCCCCCGCGCCCCGGGCCAGAAGUCCCGGUGAGACGCCUCAGACCUCCAGCACGCCCGGCGUCCCUCCCCAGCAGCAAGCGCUGCUGCAGCAGAGGAUCUCCCCGGUCCCCUCCGCCACCAUCACCACCACCACCACCAUCACCACCACCGCCACCGCCGCCACCACCACCACCACCAUCACGGCCCAGCAGCCCCCACAGACGCCAGACCCGUGCGAGGAGCGCAACGACCGCAACCGGAUCAACGCCACGCAGCACCACCACCACCACCACCACCACCAACCCCCCGGCGGCGUCACGGGCCAGCACUGGCCCUGUGCCGCCUGCACCUACGAGAACUGGCCCAAGAGCCGGCGCUGUGCCAUGUGCGACCACCCGCGGCCCAACCACCUCACGCCGCCCUCCGGGGGCUCGCCCGAGCCCAGCGAGCCCGGCAGCGGCGGUGGAGUCGUCGGCACCACGGGCAUCGGCGGCGGCACCGCGGGCACCCCCCUCUCGGCCCUCAGCCCGCCCCCGCUGACGCUGACGAGCUCCUCGCCCACGGUCAACGAGCAGGACCGCGAGCGCUGGAGGAUCGGCGGCGGCGUGGGCUGCAGCGGCGGCAGCGGCUCCGGCGGUGGCGGUGGCACCCGGCGGGCAUCGCCGCCCUCCUCGAUAGGCCGCGCGCCGGAGCCCGAGCCGCGGACGAUGGAGUUCCAGCGCAUCGAGCUGGCCGCCGGCGGAGUGGGCAGCGUGGGCAGCGAGGAGCAGGGGGUGGACUUUAAAAAACUCAAACAGAUCAGGAACCGCAUGAGGAGGGCAGACUGGCUCUUCCUGAACGCCUGCGCAGGGGUCGUGGAAGGGGACCUGGCAGCGGUGGAGGCCUACAAGUCGUCGGGCGGAGACAUCGCUCGUCAGCUGACCGCAGACGAGGUACGCCUGCUGAACCGACCGUCCGCCUUUGACGCUGGCUUCACACUGGUGCACUUGGCCAUCCGCUUCCAGAGGCAGGAUAUGCUGGCUGUCCUCCUCACAGAGGUGUCCCAGCAGGCGGUGAAGUGCAUCCCGGCCAUGGUGUGCCCCGAGCUGACGGAGCAGAUCCGCAGGGAGGUGGCCGCCUCUCUGCACCAGCGCAAGGGAGACUUCUCCUGCUACUUCCUCACCGACCUCAUCACCUUCACACUACCAGCAGACAUCGAAGACCUUCCCCCUGCGAUCCAGGAGAAGCUGUUUGAUGAGGUGCUGGACCGCGACGUACAGAGAGAGUUGGAGGAGGAGUCGCCCAUCAUCAACUGGUCGAUCGAGCUGGGCACGCGACUGGACAGCCGUCUGUAUGCGCUGUGGAACCGCACGGCGGGGGACUGCCUGCUGGACUCAGUGCUGCAGGCCACAUGGGGCAUCUACGACAAGGACUCAGUGCUUCGCAAGACACUACACGACAGCCUGCACGACUGCUCUCACUGGUUCUACACGCGGUGGAAGGAAUGGGAGUCGUGGUACUCGCAAAGCUUUGGACUGCACUUCUCACUACGCGAGGAACAGUGGCAGGAAGACUGGGCUUUCAUCCUCUCACUGGCCAGUCAGCCUGGGGCGAGUCUGGAGCAGACACACAUAUUCGUCCUUGCACACAUUCUCCGCAGGCCCAUAAUAGUCUACGGUGUGAAGUACUACAAGAGUUUCCGUGGCGAAACGCUCGGCUACACGCGUUUCCAAGGGGUGUAUUUGCCUCUGCUGUGGGAGCAGGGCUUCUGUUGGAAGAGCCCUAUUGCCUUGGGCUACACACGCGGGCACUUCUCAGCACUUGUUGCCAUGGAGAACGACGGCUACGACAAUCGCGGCGCGGGCGCCAACCUCAACACGGACGACGACGUGACGGUCACCUUCCUGCCUCUGGUGGACAGCGAGAGGAAGCUCCUGCACAUCCACUUCCUGUCCGCACAAGAGAUGGGGAACGAGGAGCAGCAGGAGCGUCUGCUGCGUGAGUGGCUGGACUGCUGUGUGACGGAGGGCGGCGUGCUGGUGGCGCUGCAGAAGAGCUCGCGCCGCCGCAACCACCCGCUCGUCACCCAGAUGCUGGAGAAGUGGCUGGACGGCUACCGCCAGCUCCGCCCCUGCCCCACCCUCUCCGACGGCGAGGACGAGGAUGACGACGACGACGAAGAGUGACGAGGACGACGUAGACGAGGACGAGGAAGAUCCGAGUGAAUCUGCCCUUUCUCAACAACAAUGACAGAAACGACAGAGAAAAGCCUGCCUCUCUCUCUCUCUUUACAUAAACACUCUUACACAGACAUACAUACACACAAACACAACCUAAAUAGCAUCCUAAAAUAAAAGAAAGAAAAAAACAGAGACUGUUGAAAACCUCUUCUUUUGCUGCAGAGCAGGGUAUGGGAUGGUCUGAAAAAUAAAAGGAUUCUAGUUUAUGAAUGCUAACAAACUUUCUAGAGUUUUCUGUCUCUCUUUUUUCCCGACGUGAAAUCUUUACCCAUAAAUGUAGUGCAUGUGGCUGUUAUAAAAAGAAGUUAAGGAUUAUACCAGCAUUUUAAGCAAAAGCAAAAUGACAAAAACCUUUAUACUGGUUUAUAAUGGACAGUUACAAAGCACAUUUUCAAUUAUUUUGUAUCAUUUUCUGGUCAAAACAUAAUUGGCUUUUCUAGAAGGGGAGGAUUACUGAAGUGUACAUGACGUCUUUGGCCAUCAAGAAGUUGAGUGGAGAUUGUAAAGUAUAGGGACUUCAUAAAACACGGUGCACAUUGACUACAAAUAAGAUUUAUAUAAAUAGCACCUCAAAUAAAUAUAAUUUAUCUUUUUUUUUUUUUUCUUGUAAGGGGACAAACCCCUUUUUAACCCUGAAUCAUUCAGGGUUGAGCUUCAGUCAUCCAUUUGAACCUGUAUGUUUACUUAACAAUUUAAAAUUUCGUUUGUUUUUUGUGUGGUUUUCAGUGAAAAAAUGAAAUUGCAUUAUUUCUUUCUUUUUAUGUAUGUGUGCGUGUGUGUGUGUGUGUGUGUGUGUGUGUGAGAAAGAUUUUUGUUCUUGUUCUUAUUGAAGAAUUUUUACAGAUGCCUACCUGCUGGAAGGACAGAAACAUGCUUGUAAGCAUCUGUUAGAGUUUACCUGAGUUUGUGUCUAUCGAGUACCUCAUGUGGAUGCGAAAAUUUGGUGCUUUUACUUUGAAGAGGGGGAAAGAGGAAGGAAUGUGGGGCUCUGUACAACACUAGUGUCCAUUAGGUCUUGGAGCUUCGCUCUUGUCUGUAGCCAUUUACACACAUUUCCUGCAGGUCCUGUUAUUUCUUGUAAAUCACCAAGGUAACUGUUUCUUUGUGAUGUCUGUUGCAUUUCUGUCCACUUGUCAGACAUUUCCCACAUGUGUUUAAAGUAUUUAAAGGUGCAAUGUGUUGUUUCUGUUGUCGAAAGAAAAAAAAAGGUAGCUUGUUUACACCUACAGCCAAUGAGAAGAAUGUUUUGCAGAACUUCUGUGCACUCUGUAAAGCUUGUUUGUUUGUUAGUUUUGUUUGUUUGUUUGUUUGUUUUUGUUUCUGUUUUGUACACUGUAUUUGCAUUUGUUUGGCCCAUAGUUUGGCCCAGUGUAAAUGACUGCAUAAAACAUUGCCUGAAACAGGGAAACAGAUUUCAUUCAUAGAGUGCAUUGAAGAUGUCAAAACUGUUUUCGACAACGCAAAACACAUAUUACUCUUUUAAACAUUUGGGAAAACUAAUAUUGUAUUUUGAAAUCUAUUUCAGAUAAUCUGAAUGGGUCACGUUUUUAGAACUACUACAAACACGUGGCCAGUAUGUCUGUCUUGUGUGGUUUGUUUUGUUCUUUUUAUCUUUUUUGUUUUUGUUCUUUUUUGCUUAUGACUGGUUUUAAACUGUCUUGUGUGAUGGGUGUGUACGUUGUUAAACACUUAAUUUAAACCAAAGUGAUCAUUAACCCAGGUUUGUGGGACAUUUGCUGUGAGAUAGACCCUCUUUUCGUUUCUCUUUGCCAUGGAUCACAGUACUGUUCCUCAGCCCUACCUGACUGUGUGUGUCCCUUUCUAGUCAAACACAAUUAUAUGGACAUCACUCGUGUUUCUGCUUUGUAUGUAUGCAAUAGAUGCUCUUGUGACUAUGAUGGUAUUUGGGAUUAGAUAAACGGUGGACCUUGUUGGACAGGAGCAUAUAACGAGGACACGACUUAUCAGGAAAAAAAAAAAAGAAAGGCAAAAUGUUUUUUGAAUGUCCACUUCUAAAGCCUCUAUAAACCUUUAUC